AUGGCCGACUCCGACGGCGAGUACCAUGACAUGUCCGAUGACGACCUUCAAGUGACCAACGGCAAAGGCGCGGACGGCGGGAAGGGACGCGGCAAGAAAGGAAAGGGCAGCCACACCAAGGCUCGAUGGGAGGAUGUCAAGCGAAGCUGGGAAGAAGUCACAGAAGGCGCAGAUGGCAGUUUGGCGGUCGGCGCGAGCCUUGAGGCAGAGAAGAGGCGGAGGCUGCUCCGGGACACAACACCGCUGCAGCGCGGCAUCAUCAGACACUUGGUGCUGGUACUGGACAUGUCCUUUGCCAUGACGGAGAAGGACAUGCUGCCGAACCGCUACCGCGUCGCCUGGGCGUACGCCGCAGACUUCGUCAAGGAGUACUUCGAGCAGAACCCCAUAUCGCAGCUGGGCAUCAUCGGCAUGCGGGACGGCGUCGCGAUCCGGAUCAGCGACAUGAGCGGCAACCCCACCGACCACCUGGAGAAGCUCAAGACGUUUGAGGGGCAAGAUCCGUCAGGCAAUCCGAGUUUGCAGAAUGCGCUCGAGAUGUGCCGCGGCGCGCUAUUCCAUGCACCCUCCCACGGCACGCGCGAAGUGCUCAUUGUCUUCGGCGCCCUCCUUUCCUCUGACCCAGGCGACAUCCACGACACAAUAUCCUCCCUUAUCACCGACCGCAUCCGCGUGUCCAUCGUUGGCCUUGCGGCGCAGGUUGCCAUCUGCGCCGAAUUGUGCUCCCGCACUAACGCCGGCGACGACACGCAAUACAGCGUGUGCAUGAACGAUGCGCACUUCCGCGACCUGCUCCUCGCCGCGACGACGCCGCCCGUCACGCGGACCGCCGCCCAGAGCACCGCCUCGCUGCUCAUGAUGGGCUUCCCCUCGCGCACCCUCGCGCAGGGCGAGGCCACCGCCGUGUGUGCGUGUCAUAACAAGCCUGCCCGCGAGGGAUACCUCUGCACGCGCUGCGGCACUCGCGUGUGUCGCCUGCCCAUCGAGUGUCCCGCCUGCAGCCUGACCCUCAUCUUGUCGACGCAUCUCGCGCGCUCAUACCACCACCUCUUCCCGUUGAGGAACUGGGUCGAGGUGUCUUGGGCCGAGGCCGCCAAGUCAAAAGCCUGUUUUUCGUGUCUGACGACGUUCCCCGAUCCGCCCAAGGCGGGCAGGAAGAGGGAUAAGGAGAGGGACAAAGACGGAGUGCCCACAACGACUCCCGUGGCACCGACGGCGGUGAUCGCGUCGGAGCUCAAGGGCGUCAGCGAGAGCGGGCGGUACGCCUGCACGGUAUGCGGCAACCACUUCUGCAUCGACUGUGACGUUUAUGCGCACGAGGUCAUCCACAAUUGCCCUGGGUGCCAGAGCGACACCCGUGGGGCGCCGAUGGAGGUGGUAACGGAGACGAACGGGACACACGGGCACCAGACGAACGGGACGGCGAUGGCGGUGGAUCCAUGA